CUCUUGACACCCAACCGUCAAACGCUUGACAGCAUAAAGUACACCAUCCACCCAUCCAUACUUCCGCGAUUAUGACCAACAAGACACUCAUGAGUCGAACUGAAACAUUCAAUUCCGCUGCAACCACAUCGUCGUCCGUAUGGGACGACGAGAUGGGGGCUUCCUCGGAUCAACUUUUCUUCGUUACGAGCUACAGUAACUUUGAUAAACUAGCCCACGGGCCUCGGGGCACGGCUGCCACGAAGUCGAUCUACGUCUAUCGCUUCCAUCCCAGCGACGGAUCGCUCGUACUUCUCAACGUGACGGGCGACCCGACUCUCGUCGUCAACCCUGCCUUUGCGCGCUACCACCCUCGUCUUAACGUUGUUUACACAUGUACCGAAGAUAUUGACGACAAUGGUCGAAUCUUUGCGUACUCGGUCGGUGCUAGCGGAGCACUCACGCAACUUGGCGAAGCCGUUGAUGCCGGUGGCACUUCCACCUGCUACCUGACACUCGACCGCGAGCAGAAGAACCUGCUUGCUGUGAAUUACUGGGACAGCACUCUAGCUGUCAUUCCUGUCAACAAGGAAACCGGCGAGAUGAUGGGCCCGGUCAAGAACAUGUACGAUCCAAAAGGGGGAAAGGGGAUGAUCGCUGCAGGCCGCGUGCACGGGGGCGUCAACCACUCGUGCAACGAUGACACCACCAUCCGAAUGCGCCAAGCUGAUCCCCACUCACAUGCCUUGGUACUCGAUCCUUUCGUUGGAACCGUCGCUUAUGUGCCGGAUUUGGGCAAAGAUCUCGUACGCGAAUUUUACUACGACCGUCAAGCCGGUAAGAUAGAACUUGAGUUGAAUGUGCUCCCGUCGGGCCUUUGCACAGGCAUGCCCGAUGGGCCCCGCUAUUUUGAGUUUCAUCCAAAGUACAAUGUUGCAUAUGUUGUGAACGAACUCAGCUCUACUGUGGCCGUUUUUGAGGUCAACCGAGCUCUUUUACAGGAAAUGGCGACAGCAUCCAAGAAUGGCGCGGACAUGUCCAAAUUCAAGGGCCGAUCUACACUCCGCCUGAUUCAGUCAAUCAAGACAAUCCCCUCAGCGUUCCCGACGGAAAUGAAUACUUGCGGGAGAAUCUGCGUACACAAAUCGGGACGAUUUGUUGUCGUGAGCAACCGCGGACACCAAUCCAUCACUUCGUUCCGAGUCAUUAACAAAGGACCAAAGCGUGGAGAGUUGUUUCCUGUUGGUUAUUUCCACACACGCGGCGAGACUCCUCGUCACUUUCAGUUCGAUGCAUCGGGCCAGUAUUUACUUGUCGCUAACCAAGAUACCGACUCUAUUGCCGUCUUCAACUUCAACCUCUCGUCUGGUGAAAUCAAAUACACUGGGAACGAAUACCGAGUUCCUUCACCCAAUUUUGUAUGCUGCUGCCCCAUGCAUGAAAGCGACGACCUAGAAGAGGCUGAAAUGUCUCCGCCCGUGAGCAAUCUUAGUAUUCUUGACAACUUUCAGGAUACGGAAGAGACGGGCAACUACUCCACAACGUCUUCUGACAACUCGUGUACCAUGCCAACGGCUAUCGAGAGUAAGGAAUCACUUCAAGCGGAACUUAUGCGGGCUCGAAAUGAAAUUAACGAACUGAAACACAUGUUGUCGAGUCUGACGAUGGAGUAAGUCACCCACGAGUGGCUACGCUUUCUUGCAUUGUUGUUUAUCUUUCUCUUUGUUUCACCAUGUGGUUGCAACAGCGUUUUGGACGCGUAGUUCUUCCCUUGCUGCCAUGCGGCAUUUGAUUAGAUAGUGUAGAGAAUUAGACCAACCAACCAUUAAUUAGUAUAUUUGAGUUCAUAAAAACGCAUU